CGCGGAGCCGCAGACGUCCUCUCCGGGGCCCCCGGCCCCAGUUGCUUGUCCCCGGCCUCUCGUUCCUCCUCGCCGCCGCCGCCAUGAACGCGGAGAAAGACUUCGCGCCCCUCACGCCCAACAUCGUGCGCGCCCUCAACGACAAGCUGUAUGAGAAGAGGAAGGUGGCGGCGCUGGAAAUCGAGAAGUUGGUUCGGGAGUUUGUGGCCCAGAAUAACACGGUACAGGUUAAGCAUGUGAUCCAGAUUCUGUCUCAGGAAUUUGCCCUGUCUCAGCACCCUCAUAGCCGGAAAGGGGGCCUCAUUGGGCUGGCAGCCUGCUCCAUUGCAUUGGGCAAGGACUCGGGCUUGUACCUAAAGGAGUUGAUCGAGCCGGUGCUUACGUGCUUCAACGAUGCCGAUAGCCGGCUGCGCUACUAUGCCUGUGAAGCCCUUUACAAUAUCGUCAAGGUGGCUCGGGGCUCUGUCCUGCCCCACUUUGAUGUGCUUUUUGAUGGGCUCAGCAAGCUGGCGGCGGACCCAGACCCCAAUGUCAAAAGUGGCUCUGAGCUCCUGGACCGCCUUCUGAAGGACAUUGUGACGGAAAACAACAAGUUUGACCUAGUGAGCUUCAUCCCCCUGCUGCGCGAGAGGAUCUACUCCAACAACCAGUACGCCCGGCAGUUCAUCAUCUCCUGGAUCCUGGUUCUCGAGUCUGUGCCCGACAUUAACCUGUUGGAUUAUCUGCCUGAGAUCCUAGAUGGGCUCUUCCCCAUCCUGGGAGACAACAGCAAAGAAAUACGGAAAAUGUGUGAAGUCGCGCUGGGAGAGUUCCUAAAAGAGAUUAAGAAGAAUCCGUCGAGCGUCAAGUUUGCAGAGAUGGCCAACACGCUGGUGAUUCACUGCCAGAACUCAGACGACCUGAUUCAGCUCACAGCCAUGUGCUGGUUGAGGGAGUUCAUCCAGCUGGCUGGCCGCGUGAUGCUGCCGUACUCCUCGGGGAUCCUGACGGCCGUCCUGCCCUGCCUGGCCUAUGAUGACCGCAAGAAAAGCAUCAAGGAGAUGGCCAACGUGUGCAACCAGAGCCUCAUGAAGCUGGUCACCCCCGAGGACGAUGAGCCGGACGAGCCCCGGCCCAGAGCGCCGGGCCACGUGGAGAGCAGCCCGGAGGACUCCCUGGCCAAGCAGGAAGUGACCGCCAAUGGCUGCUUAGAUACCUCUUGUGACUCCAGCUUCAAUGUCUUCACUCCAGCCAGUGCUGAAGGGCUCCCAGUCACACUGAACCUGGACGAGAUCAUGCAGGUGCUGAAUGGCCACCUCCACGAACCAGCCAUCGGGAUGAUGACCAGGAUUGCCGUCCUGAAGUGGCUCUACCACUUGUACAUCAAGACUCCUCGAAAGAUGUUCCGACAUACAGACAACCUUUUCCCCAUCCUCCUCCGGACCUUGUCAGAUGAAUCAGAUGAGGUGAUCCUAAAGGACCUGGAAGUUUUGGCGGAAAUUGCAUCAUCCCCUGCAGGCCAGACAGAAGGUCCUGGCCCCUUCGACAGCCCCAACAUGCGGGUCAACCACUCAGAUCUGCAGGUGCCCACCUCUGGCAGAACCAGCCUGUUGGGUCCCCCUGGUGCCAGAGGUUUGGAGUGCUCACCUUCUUCUCCCACCAUGAAUUCCUACUUUUACAAGUUCAUGAUCAACUUGCUGAAGAGAUUCAGCAGUGAGCGCAAACUCCUGGAGAUCCGAGGAGCCUUCAUCAUCAGGCAACUGUGUCUACUGUUGAAUGCAGAGAACAUCUUCCACUCCAUGGCUGACAUCCUUCUCCGAGAAGAAGACCUCAAAUUUGCCUCAACAAUGGUUCACACCCUCAACACUAUCUUACUGACCUCCACAGAGCUCUUCCAGCUAAGAAAUCAGCUCAAAGACCUGAAGACUCUGGAGAGCCAGAGCUUGUUUUGCUGCCUGUACCGGUCCUGGUGCCACAACCCGGUCACCACAGUGUCCCUCUGCUUCCUUACCCAAAACUACCAGCAUGCCUACGACCUCAUCCAGAAGUUUGGAGAUCUGGAGGUCACCGUGGAUUUUCUCACUGAAGUGGACAAGCUUGUGCAACUGAUUGAGUGUCCAAUUUUCACAUAUCUGCGCCUCCAGCUGCUGGACGUGAAGAACAACCCCUACCUGAUCAAAGCCCUGUACGGUCUGCUCAUGCUUCUCCCUCAGAGCAGUGCCUUCCAGCUCCUGUCCCAUCGACUGCAGUGUGUGCCCAACCCAGAGCUCAUGCAGACUGAGUAA